CCGGGGACCCGCCGCGGCCAGCUCCGCGGGCCCCUGAGGCCGUCGCCCCCAGCGCUCCGCGGCUGGGCUCCCAGAGUUGCCUGGGGCGCCCUCCCCAACCGCCAAACCUCCUGCGGUCCUCCUUGACCCGGACCCAUGGAGCCGGCGGUCCUGGCCUCGCACAACCUCCCGCACCACGAGCCAAUCAGCUUUGGCAUCGACCAGAUCCUGAGCUGCCCGGAACCCCCCGGGAGCAGCCUAGGCCCCGGUCGGUCGGGCCAGGGCCAUGCGGAGAGUGUGGCGUUCUCGGGUGGAUUUCACGGAACCUCAAGCUACGGCCCCGCGGGAUCGCUGGCCCCCCUACCUGGCAGCUCCGGCAUGGGCCCAGGUGGCGUGAUCCGCGUCCCGGCGCAUCGUCCGCUGCCAGUGCCGCCGCCUGCGGGAGGUGCCCCUGCGGUGCCUGGACCCUCUGGCUUGGGCGGAGCCGGGGGCCUAGCGGGACUCACCUUCCCUUGGAUGGACAGCGGCCGCCGCUUUGCCAAGGACCGGCUCACGGCCGCACUCUCGCCCUUCUCCGGGACGCGCCGCAUAGGCCACCCCUACCAAAACCGGACCCCUCCGAAGCGGAAGAAGCCGCGCACGUCCUUCUCCCGUUCGCAGGUGCUGGAGCUGGAGCGGCGCUUCCUGCGCCAGAAGUACUUGGCCUCGGCCGAGAGAGCAGCGCUGGCCAAGGCCCUGCGCAUGACCGACGCACAGGUCAAGACUUGGUUCCAGAACCGGCGCACCAAGUGGCGGCGCCAGACGGCGGAGGAACGCGAGGCGGAGCGGCACCGCGCGGGCCGGCUGCUCCUGCACCUGCAGCAGGACGCCCUACCCCGGCCUCUGCGGCCGCCGCUGCCCCCCGACCCACUCUGCCUGCACAACUCGUCGCUCUUUGCGCUGCAGAACCUACAGCCCUGGGCCGAGGACAACAAGGUGGCUUCCGUGUCUGGGCUCGCCUCGGUGGUGUGAGCGACGCCUGCCCAACCCGCCGAGCGCUCUUUUCCGGACCGAGGCGCCGCGUGGAGCGCCGGGCUCAGGGCCACGGAGCGCGCGGCUGACCAUGCCGUGGCUCUGUGGUAGCGGAGCUUGUGAGGAAGGGCUGGCUUUGAGGCUAUCGUCGAGGGCUCCUGGGCCACUGCCGGCUCCCAGGCUAGCGUUGCACGGAAGCACCGUGCUUAGACGUGGCCUUUCCCGCCAUUUCCCAGUCAACUGUGGUUGCACCCCAGCUGGAAUCCGAGGAGCCGAGAAGGCGGGACCUGCAGUAUGGUAGCCAAUGAGGUGAGGGGAGGGGGAGGGCUGGCCAAUGGGAGCUGCUCUCCUGAGGACUACGGAUUCUUCCGAGGGUGGGUUAGUGCUGGGGUUCUGGACCCACCGGGCAAUCUCAAGGUGGUGCUGGGAUGGGACGGCAGCUCGCACGCACUGCCUGGGCCUGUACCAAAGGUGUGAUGGAAGGAAAGAAGACACCAAUGACAGUGGUAUAACGGAGGAGGUGCUGGAGGGUGAGAGUCUGACUGACUGUGACAGGAACCAGAGGGUUAUCCACACUGGGCAUCUCAUUCUUCAACUGUAAAAUAAUCGCCAAGGAUACCUUCCUGACUUUGAACCUCAUGUUGUCGUGUGUGUUCAACCCGCUGACUCCGUCCUCCUCCUUGAGCCUCACAACGUGCCUGGGCGGCAGGCAAGACGGAUGCUUAUACACCCCAUGAAAGACACAGUCACUAAUCUGGCUCUGGUGUCCUAUGGGGACAGAGAGGGGAGAGGGGGGAGGAGUGGAUAAAAUUAAUGGGCCCUGUGGAGUUAGGGUGAGCAGAAUUUGGCAAAUAAGUAGGGAUAUCUGAGAAGAAUCAAAGAUAAUUCCAAGGUUGGAAAUGUAGAGGACCAGGAGAUCAAUGGUGUCGUGGAUAAUAAAGAGGAAUGAAAAGACUGGAGCAAGAUAACUCUGAAGGCAAAACUAAAUGCCAGACCUAAAGAGAAUACAUUCUGGAAAAGUGCUUUUGGGGGAGGUUGGUUGACAUCUACGCAGACGUGGAGCUAGAAUGAUGAGAACAGAUAGACUCUCCAAGGGGAGGACACUCUGAGGAGAAAAAAGCAGAGUUGUAAGGAUUAAAUCUUUCUUUCUACCAAUUUCUACAAACACAUUUACAAUGUGCAAGAUGAUGGAGGAUAUCAAAGUUAAUAGUUCAAAGGAAGAAAAGGGAAUGAGCACUCAGCUGGAAAGAAAGGAAAGCAUGAUGUCCCUGAAGUUGUUAGAAAGACUUUAGCUUGUGAGUGGGCCAGGGGCUGCUGGGACGCUUAUUGAUGGAAAGUUAAGAGUUUGGGGAUGGUUGCAACAGCCAUGAGGUUUAAGAAGGAGCAGGAUCUAAGUUGUAUGUGGAAAAGGGAAGAUUUUUGUCUGAUUUCUUACAGCACUCUCAUUCUUCCUCCCCUAGAGGCAGCAGUAAGACAGAGGGAAGUGAGCUUUGGGCAGGGUCAGAGACCAACUGUUGUCAAACUGCUCACGUUCUAGGGUAGUGACAGCUAGGUCAGUCACAGCACCAAGUCUUGACCACGGGAGGGAACCAGGCAAGAGGAUAUUGUGGGGGGAGUUGGAUGAUACUGUGUCAUCUCUAACUCAUGGAUGUUGUGUAUGCUGUUGCAGAACAAAACUCAAACUUGACACAUAGAAAAAG